AACGGCUCCCAUCUCACGAAAUCUCCCCCAGUAGCCGUUGACGGCUCUUUAGGUGACGGAUUGAGUCCAGAUUCAACAAUUUUCUUUUCCCGUUUUCAUUAUUUUCUAAGGGGAAAAAACGGAAAACUAAAGAGGUUAGAAAGCUACACCGUAGCAGCGGAGCUAAGCUGAUUCUGCGAUACAACCUCGAGACAAGUCGGGACAAGACCAGUCUCAGGGCUCACCAUACUCAAUGAGCGGACAGCGCAAUGUCAGAGCGCUCUGGGCAAACAGCAAAGGGGAAGGAAGGCAAAACCAAGUAUGCGUCUCUCAACUUGUUUGAUACAUACAAAGGAAAGAGCCUUGAAACACAAAAGCCUGUUGUUCCCCCCCGCCAUGGCCUGCAGUCUCUUGGUAAAGUUGCCUCCGCGCGGCGUAUGCCACCACCUGCCAACCUGCCCAGUCUGAAGGCGGAGAACAAAGGCAACGACCCCAACGUCUCGCUCGUUCCCAAAGACGGCACAGGAUGGGCAAGCAAACAGGAACCAGCAGACCCAAAGAGUACCGAUGCAUUGUCAGCACCGCAGCCGGAAUCGCAGCAGCCUGUGGCUUCACAGAUACCUGCACCGACCCGCCCGAGAACCCCACCAGUUUCAGAGGCUCUGGCCCCACCUUCAACACAGGCCGUAGGGGCAAGGUCCUGGGCACAGGCCAGCGUUACACAUGGAACACAAGGGGAUGGUGGAAAGGGAUCAAACCUACCGUCGCCAUUCUCUCGCGAGGAAUUUCCCACCCUGCAGUCGGCUGGCGACCCGGACAAAGCUGGCAAAGAACAGGCCACUGCAGAUCAGUGGUAUGGGCCCGGACCAAGCCUCCGCCCCCAGAACGUUACAAGUUGGCGGGACGGUGGGGGCCGAGCCUUGGCGCCCACCCUGCCUGGGGAGGGGGCGGCAGAGGGGGGCACAGGUGGGGCUCUGGUAAUGGAUGGGGCAGUUGGUGUCCCCCCUACAAAUUCCCAGAUGCAAGGGCCACCUAGGAAUCCCCCUGCAGGCAGCCCCGCCUUGCCCCUGCCCCAGCCCGCCGUGGGGCCGGGGUUUGCCCAAUAUAGAGGGAUCAUGCCACCCUUCAUGUAUCCCCCCUAUCUCCCGUUCCCGGGCCCCUAUGGGCCUCAGGGGCCCUACAGGUACCCGCCACCUGGGGAAGGGCCACCUCCGAGGUUCUCUCGUGUACAGGGCGGUCCUGACAACAGGCCACAUGGUGGCCCUCGUGAUUCAGGGGAAGUAGUUAAACGUCCCUCCAUCCUAAAGCAGGAUGACCUGAAGGAGCUGGAUGAGCUGGAUCAUGAUGGAGAUGAUGGAUGGGCAGGGCCUCAUGAGGAGAUUGAUUACUCCGCCAAGUUGAAAUUCAGUGAUGAUGAAGCAGAUGAAGAGGGAGAUGAGGACAAAAGGGAGAGCAAGAAUGACUCACGUGAGCAGCAGAGGUCCCAGGAUGCUGCAAACUCUCACUCUCGAGCCUCAGAUGGCGGCGGAGAAAGUCGUCACACACCUCCCUCGAAUGCUGAUGGCGUCCCCCAGCCCUCCUCCAGCAAGCCAGGAUGUGCCGAGGAGGGAAGCAGUGGCUGGGGAAACCAAGGAGCCCCAUCCAGCUAUCAGGUAGGGCGCAGGCCUGGAUUGGGUGGUGCCCGGGAGCAGCCCUCCCCCCCACCUGGGCCGCUCCUCGGACAGGGGCCGUACUCCUUUUAUCGACAGGACCGACAACAUGGUCAAGGGACAGCUCUUGGUCCGGGAAAACCUGCUGCUGCCCAGCUUCAGCCAGGAACAGGAGGACCUGCCAUUUCCGGCCAGCCUAGCUUGCUGGUCCACGGAACCCAGGGGGAAGAUGAGGAUGAGACUUGGCGUCAGCGCAGAAAACAGUCCUCCUCUGAAAUUUCUGCAGCUGUGGAGCGAGCCCGUCGCCGUCGUGAGGAGGAAGAACGUAGAAUGGAGGAAGAGAGGCGUGCAGCCUGUGCAGAGAAGCUGAAGAGGCUAGAUGAAAAACAUCAGCAGCAAGGCAGCAGCUCAGGAGCUGGCGGCAGCAGUAAGACCCCCAGCCUGGAUGGGAGCUCUGCAGCUGCUACAGCUGCUAGCCCCAGUCCAUCUGUUUCAGCAUCUUCCCCCAAUAUCAGCCAGCCAGUGUCCCCUUGUGUGGAUAUUGAAGAGCCUCCAGUACUAACAGCCCAGCCAGGGACAGCUUCUGGAUCGAGUGACCGCCGGAGAGCCAGCAGCAACAGUAGCCAUGACUCCACUGCUGAUGUCCAGCAGUGUCCCCAGCCUGCUGUGCCCCAGUCACAGCAGCCCUUACUGGAUUUACCUCCAUCAGCGGAGAGCAAGGAAGAGGCCGUAGCUAGUCCUCACGUCCGUGCAGGAGGUGGGGGGGAAAGGAGUGUAGAGGCAGUAAAGGUGGAAAACUCUAUAGGGGGUACGGGCCGUCAAGCCAGUGGUCCUCCUGGCCAGGGUUACCCAAAGUACCAGAAAUCUCUACCGCCUCGCUUUCAGAGGCAGCAGCAGGAGCAGCUUCUGAAGCAGCAACAGUGGCAACAACAGCAACACAGCCAGGCCUCACAAAGCCAGCUGUCGCCUCAGCCUCAAGGUCCUUCACCAGGUUCCACCCCUCAACCAGGCCCUGGGCCUAAGCAAGGAGCACCGCUGUAUCAGCCGGGCAGCAUGGUCCGACCUCCUCCGCUGCCAAUAAAUUUUGAUCCGCGCUGGAUGAUGAUGCCGUACAUGGACCCUCGCAUGAUUCAAGGUCGCCCUCCUCCAAUGGAAUACUAUUCAGCUGGCAUGCACCCCUCAGGAAUUAUGGGUCGUGAACGAUCUGAUUCAGGUGGUUCUGGUUCAGAACCUUUUGAUAGACAGCAGCAACAUCCAGGCCACCCUCACCGUGGGACGCCCCCUAUGGAUCCUAAACUGGCCUGGGGGCCAGAAGUGUUCCCUGGGGGAGCUGAGAACCGUGGGCUUACCUCUCCAUUGAGACAGAAACAGGCCCUGGAGGAGGAGGAUGUGGUGAAAGGACCUAGAAGUGACACUCCUCCACACCGCCAGAGAGAGAGUGGUUUGGGACCAGUCCAGCAGCCCGGCUCAUCAACUGGGACCUCCAGUCAAACUCCUCCUCCUCCUGUUGGUGUGCAAGUUGGCAGCCAGGGAGGCACACAUCCUCAUCAUUACAUUGGAGGGAGGGGAAACUACAGCAACUUCCCUGACCAGGGUGCAAGGAUUCCCCCCCACCCGCAGCAGAGGCCUGGUGAACGGGGUAACCACCCCCACAGCUUCACCCAUCCAGAUGAUGGGUCUUCUCGAGGACCUCAGCAGGUGCAGAUAUGGGGAGCUCCCCAUUCUCAUUAUGAUCGUAAUGGCCGUGCAGACAUCCCCACUGUUGAGGGCAACUCCCAUCUUCCCCACCAUCACAGCCACCACCAUCAGCCGCCUCAGUUCCCCCUUAACCCCCACAAACCAGAUAACAGUCGUGACAGGCACAGUGAGGCUCAUGGGAAGAAGACAGACUCUUCCCCACCUCUCCAGCAACCAUCUCUGUCAUCCUCAUGCUCCUCUUCCUCCUCUGCCAGGGAGGAUGGGAAAGUGGCCCAACAUCACCCCCCACCUCUGAGGGAGGGUGAAGCUGCUGUUAAUCCUGGUGAGAGAGGCAGCAGUGGUAACCCGAGCAACAGCCACAUGAAACCAGAGAAGUCGGGCCCCACGUUUCUGUCCCAUUCUAACCAAAAUCCUGUCCAACAUGGUGGUCAGAAUCAGACUCAGCAGCAUUCUCAACCUAAAUCGAACCAAAGAGGAGGGCGUGAGCAUAAAACUGAGACACAGUGGGGACCACGGCCUGGAAGCAACACUGUUGGUGGGGGUUCAUCCCACGGCAGGAGGGGUAACAAUGCAGGAGUAGGUAGCAACACUCGUGGAGGAGAGGAUUGCUCCAACGCUCCAUCAGACCACAAACCCUCAAACCAAACGGGAGGCAGUAACCCCCACAAGAGGGCUGGUCCAAUCAAGAAGCCCCUUGUGAAGGAAAUGAGGAGAGAAGGAGGGGAUGUUGAUGGAGGAGAAAAACAAGGAAAAGACAAAGAGCAAGAUGGUGGUCAACCCACCUCCACAAAGCAGGAUACAUCUAUAUCUCACAACACCUCUAAUGCAACAAAAGAAGAGCAGAACCAUACACCCAAAGCCAGGAGCGGAGGAAAAGAGAGGCCCUCAGGAGGUGGAGGGCCUGGGAGAGGCUCCAAAGAUGUAGACUCAUCAUCUUCUGGGUUUUCCUCCAGGAGGGACAGAGAACGAUCCUUUGAAACAAGUGUUGGUUCACACCACCCCGGAGUACCCGCUAAGGGGGGCAGACCUAGUCGGGGACGAGGAGGAGAGUUCUAUCGUGGUGGCCGUGGUUACAGGGGAACCUUCACCGCCAGUGCUGGACCUACAGGUGGAGGUCGAGGUAGAAUGGGUGGUAGGAGUGGCCGCGACUUCCGUUCAUCUGGUGCUGGAGGCCCGCACCAAGAAGCAAAGGGUGAGGGAUCUGGAGCACGUCACGGUCCGGAUCGGUCUCAGCAUAACCCUGCCAGAGCAAGAAACCGCAGUGAAACACGCAGCGAGGGCUCAGAGUAUGAAGAAAUCCCUAAGAGACGGAGGGAACGGGGCUCUGAAACUGGCAGUGAGACAGGAGGCAGUGACCUUGGUCACUCGGAUAAAGAAGAGCACCACAAAUCCAACUCCAAGAACUGUUCAGAGAAUGUCAGUGCCACGGGAAACAUCCCUUCGGCGCAACCUAAGGUUUCUCAGGCCCGAGUUUUUACUCCCAGAGGAGUGCCCUCUAGGAGGGGCAGGGGUGGAGGAGGUGGAGGUGGAAAUGUGUACAGGGGCAGUGGCAGCAUUGGAGGACAAGCUGGGGGACACCGGGUCGGACACGGCUCAGGUUCUUAUGCUGGGUAUUCAAAGUCCACAGCUUCAGGUCGCAAACAGCAAGGUCCACCUCCAUCCUCUGGACCCAAAGAUCAGGGUCGAGGAGGGACUGCAGGAGAAAAGAAGGACAAGGUAGCAGAUGUUGGGCAGAAUCAGGGGGCCAACCCCCCUCAACCACCUUUGCCUACCACUACUCCUCCUACUGUGGGAUCCACUGAGAAUGGAGGAGUGACCACCCAGCAAGCUUCAACCAGUCCUGCCCCGAACUCUGGAGGCCCGAAUGGCCCCCCUCUUCCUACUAACCGGGGCCACCCUCCAGGUGGGUUUGAGAGGCCCCCUAGACGCCGCCGUCAUAAUCGUUCUCAACACCAGCAGGACAAGCCACCCCGCUUUCGCAGACUGAAGGAGCGAGAGAAUGCCGCACGCAUCAACGGAGGAGUUGGGGUCAUUGGUGGAGGGAGACCAUCGUCUCCUUCCCUGAAUUCAGUCCAGGACAGUAACGGGGCUCCAGUUCCUGCCGCUAUCACGGGAAAUGGCCAGAACGCCAACCACAGCUCCACACUAACAACCAACAACAACAGCAGCGUUGGUGGACAACUUAAUAAUGCAAACAGCCACCACCAUCACCACUACAACCAGAGCAACGCUGGUCCAACCCACCCCCAGCACCACCACAACCAUGGAGCCAAAUCUCCUGACUUCACCAAUCAGAACUCAGACCAGGCCAAUGAGGAGUGGGAAACUGCUUCAGAGAGCAGCGACUUCACAGAGUUCAGAGACAGGGAGGCAGGAGGCGGGAAGUCUUAUCCCUCUCACCAUCACCCGGGAAGAGGAGGAGGAGGCGGCGGGGGAGGUGGUGUGGUUGAUCGAGAUGUGACCGGCAAAGAGCCACUGGCGAAUAAACGAAGCUUCUCGAGCCAGCGUCCUGGGAUGGAGCGACAGAACAGGAGAGUCAAUACAGGAGGAGGCGGGGGGAGAGGUCCUCGUGGUCCCCCAGGCGGAGGCUCCGGUGCUCCCGCUAACGGCGGGGGGAAUCGUGGAGAGAAACGUGGCAACUGGCCAUCACCGAAAAACAGGAAGUGAUGGAGUAUUAAAAUGUUUUAUUAGUUGACCCCUCGCACAUUUCCAUCUUAAUCCCUUCUGGUUGUUAUUUCGUAGCUUAUUUGUCCACACCCCCCUAACACAUUAGUGGAUUGUGACGUAUAUGGAGAUGGUAUUCAUAUUAACUUCAGCUGAAACCUACGUUCCUUUUACAUUCUCCUUCGUACCGUCCGUUAUUGUGAAGUUACCUUUUUUUGUCUUGCUCUCCUUUUGUUCGGCUCCCUAUUUUUUUUAUUUUUUUUUCUGAAUUUUUCACCCUUCUAUAAACGUGCCGUGGUUGGAUCUGAGAAGUGUUGAUGUAUUUCUAAGAUUCCCACAUCCUCCACACCUACUUGGAUAGACGAGCACUAACACGGCAUCUUGAAGAACACAUUAUUGAACAGAAUUUUUGCUUGGAUUGGGUUAAUUUUUAGUUUCAUAAGUACAUUUCCACCUCACUUUGGCCUUGGGUGGGACUCAGGUUGUACAGGUCAGCAUUAGUUCCCUCAUAGAGGAAAAAAAAUCAUUUUUGAUAACUGCAUAUCAUAAAUGGUUUGGUUUUUUUUGCUGUCUUAUUUUUCAGCUAAAAUUCAGCCUUCCACAUACACAGCUCUGUAAAGGUAAAGAUACUUACCUUCUCAUUCCCCCUAGGUUUGUCUGUUUCCUCCUCAGUGCUCGCCUCCUCAUGCUUUGAUUUUUCUUUAAUGGUUUUGUCGCUUCAGAUAGAUGGUGUGAAUUUUAUUUUUGCUCUAAAUUGUAAAUCUGCUCUGACAUUUCAAUAAUUGUUUGUUGCCCCUUUUCUUUGUGGGAUUUCUGUUCAUGGCCUCAUCGUAGCAAAAUCCUUACCUGCAGAAAUUUUACAAACUGCAAAAAUCCCCAAUAAAUAUAGUUUAAUAAAGUUUGUUUACUGUAUUGAUAGCAUGAUGGCUCUAUCUUAACAACCAUUAUUUCCUCAAUGAUCAGCAUUUUUUGAUUUUUUUUUUUUUCCUCUCCCCAAAAUUUAAGUGUUGACCCAGACAGGAGUGGAAGAAAAAACUUCUUUAAAUGCUGGUCAUGAUGUUAAAAGCAAAUGUUUAUUCUUUAGUAGAUAAUUGUAUAUGUUCUAAUAAGCACUCCUUGUAGUAUAAAACUUUUUUUGUUCCAUUUCAUUUUGUUUUCUUUUUGUGGUAACAUGUUUUGGGGAUGUUACUGGACGGUUUUUGCUGUCCGGGCCCACAGAACGGAGCCAGUGUUGUACUUUUUUAAAGCAGCCCCCCCUCCCUCCCUUAGCUGUCAUGGGUGGUCCCAUGCACAGAUUAAUCACACCUAGAAGGACUGGAUCUGAGAGAAGUCAUUUCUCAGAAAGCGCGCAUAAAGAUGGGAUGGGCCGUUAACGGAAGACGGUGGCGAUUCAGGACAAUCCCGAACAUGUGCGGUUCACACGGUCCGUGUGAUUUUUACUUGCAACAAAAUAAAUGAAAAGGUAACUCAGAGUGACGUAGGAUUACACUCAAAAGGUUGUUUUUAUCACAUGUAGGAGAUGUAAAGCAGCUUAUAACAGCAUCCAAAGUGAACUAAAAUGAUUUCCUGAUUUGCAUCCUUUCUGUCACUGCUGUAAGUUGGGGCUCUUGUUUGUUUACUGAAAAUAGUUUGAAGAUUGUCUUUGGGAUGUUGUGAGUAGGGCAUUUGGUGAAUAUUGUGUGUGUGUGUGCGUGCGCGCAUGUGUGUGCGUGGAUGUUUUUCUGGUGUUAUUAACUCGGGGAACCGGAGGGGUUAACACAAACGGCAAGCACUUUCUGCGUUGUUUGCCCCCCCCCAGCCCUCACUUGUGAUUUAACAGAUUUAAAUCUUCUUAAAUACAUCCACAUGUAUACAUUCAGCCGUGUGUAUAUGUUCAGCAUCCAAAUGAAGACUCUGCAGUGGGAAAAUUUCACUAUUUUUCUUUUUUUUGUGUAAUUUAAAGCAUCUUUUCUCCAGUAGGCGAGUGAAGUUGGACUUUUUUUUUUAUUUUCACUCUGAACUCCUUAGCAUGAAAACACAGCUGGGUGCUGCUUGCAUUGCCUGUUACUGGUUUCUACAUUGAUAGCUGUACAUUUAACACUGGCUCGAAGAGUCUCCCAUCCCUCCUUAACGUUGACGUGCACAUUAUUGUAUGUACCCAUGUUAAAAAGAUAAAACGGGAAUGGUGUGUUCCAACGAAAAUCAAAGAUUGUAUUAUGUUUCCAGCAUUACAGAGGUACACAGAGUGGUUCAAGCUGUUUUUAGCAUUUAUGGUUUUUAGUAAAAAAAAAAGCAACUUAAAAAGGAGCAGUAAUAUACACACUUGUAUGUAUAUUGGUAUGUAUCUAAGUUCUGUCUACCCCAACUUACAUUCCCACAAACAAAUGUUGCAAUUUUUAGUUCAAGGGAGCAAUGUACAAGCAGAGAAGUGUCUUAUUAUAAUAAAGUUAUACAGAGAAGGCAAAAGUUAAAUAAACUACUUUUGAUUUAAUGGAAAA